AUGACGUCGAUGGAGGCCGUAUCAGUGCUAAAUGGAGAUCGAGUAUUCUUCACAAGAGAUUCUGAGGAGCUUUCGGACGAAUGCACUUUCGAUUGUUUCUUGAAGGAAAUUCUCAACCGCAUCAGAAAAGACGAUGUUCGUGUUCAGAUUCUGGUUUUGGUGCCCACUCGAGAGCUCGCGCUACAGAUUACCGAAACGAUGCAGAAGGUCGCCAAGCUUAUGUCCAUCAAAGUGCAUGCUUGCGUUGGAGGAACUUCUGUGACUGUGGAUAGGAUGGUCCUGGUAAAUGGUGUUCACAUCAUCGUUGGAACACCAGGUCGCGUGAAGCAAAUGAUCACUCUGAAAUCACUUGGUAAGUAUUCCCUUAUUUGCAUCAUUUAA